AUGGGGCUCCCUGCUCUGGAAUUCAGCGACUGCUGUCUGGACAGCCCGCACUUCCGAGAGACACUCAAGUCACACGAAGCGGAGCUCGACAAGACCAACAAAUUCAUCAAGGAGCUCAUCAAGGACGGGAAGUCUCUCAUCAGCGCGCUCAAGAAUUUGUCUUCAGCAAAGAGGAAAUUUGCAGAUUCCUUAAAUGAAUUUAAAUUCCAGUGCAUAGGAGAUGCUGAAACAGAUGAUGAAAUGUGUAUAGCAAGGUCUUUGCAGGAGUUUGCCACUGUUCUCAGGAAUCUUGAAGAUGAGCGGAUGCGGAUGAUUGAGAAUGCUAGUGAGGUGCUCAUCACACCCUUGGAGAAGUUUCGAAAGGAGCAGAUUGGAGCUGCCAAGGAAGCCAAAAAGAAGUAUGACAAGGAGACAGAGAAGUACUGUGGCGUCUUAGAAAAACACUUGAACUUGUCUUCCAAAAAGAAAGAAUCUCAGCUUCAGGAGGCAGACAGCCAAGUGGACCUGGUCCGGCAGCAUUUCUACGAAGUGUCCCUGGAGUAUGUCUUCAAGGUGCAGGAAGUCCAAGAGAGAAAGAUGUUUGAGUUCGUGGAGCCUCUCCUGGCAUUCUUGCAAGGACUCUUCACUUUUUAUCACCAUGGUUAUGAACUGGCCAAGGAUUUCAGUGACUUCAAGACGCAGCUGACCAUUAGCAUACAGAACACAAGAAAUCGCUUUGAAGGCACCAGGUCAGAAGUGGAAUCACUGAUGAAAAAGAUGAAGGAGAACCCCCUUGAACACAAGACCAUCAGUCCCUACACCAUGGAAGGGUACCUCUACGUGCAGGAGAAACGUCACUUUGGAACUUCGUGGGUGAAGCACUACUGUACAUAUCAGCGGGAUUCCAAACAAAUCACCAUGGUACCAUUUGACCAAAAGUCAGGAGGAAAGGGGGGAGAAGAUGAGUCAGUCACCCUCAAAUCCUGCACACGGAGGAAAACAGACUCUAUCGAGAAGAGGUUUUGCUUUGAUGUAGAAGCGGUAGACAGGCCAGGGGUUAUCACCAUGCAGGCAUUGUCGGAAGAGGACCGGAGGCUCUGGAUGGAAGCCAUGGAUGGCCGGGAACCUGUCUACAACUCCAACAAAGACAGUCAGAGCGAAGGGACUGCGCAGUUGGACAGCAUCGGCUUCAGCAUAAUCAGGAAGUGCAUCCAUGCUGUGGAAACCCGAGGGAUCAAUGAGCAAGGACUCUACCGAAUUGUGGGGGUCAAUUCCAGGGUGCAGAAGUUGCUGAGUGUCCUGAUGGACCCCAAAACAGCUUCUGAAACAGAAGUGGAUAUCUGUGCGGAAUGGGAGAUCAAAACCAUCACUAGUGCUCUGAAGACCUACCUAAGAAUGCUUCCGGGACCACUCAUGAUGUACCAGUUUCAAAGAAGUUUCAUCAAAGCAGCAAAGCUGGAGAACCAGGAGUCUCGGGUUUCUGAAAUCCACAGCCUUGUUCAUCGACUCCCGGAGAAAAAUAGGCAGAUGUUACAGCUGCUCAUGAACCACUUGGCAAAUGUUGCUAACAACCACAAGCAGAAUUUGAUGACAGUGGCAAACCUUGGCGUGGUGUUUGGACCCACCCUGCUGCGGCCUCAGGAAGAAACAGUAGCGGCCAUCAUGGAUAUCAAAUUUCAGAACAUUGUCAUUGAGAUCCUGAUAGAAAACCAUGAAAAGAUAUUUAACACCGUGCCUGAUAUGCCUCUCACCAACGCCCAGCUGCACCUGUCUCGGAAGAAGAGCGGUGACUCCAAGCCCCCGUCCUGCAGCGAGAGGCCCCUGACGCUCUUCCACGCUGUCCAGUCAACAGAGAAACAGGAGCAAAGAAACAGCAUCAUCAACUCCAGUCUGGAAUCUGUCGUCUCAUCAAAUACAAACAGCAUCCUUAAUUCCAGCAGCAGCUUACAGCCCAACAUGAACUCCAGUGACCCUGAUCUAGAUAUGCUCAAACCCACCAGGCCCAACUCACUCCCCCCGAAUCCAAGCCCAACUUCACCCCUCUCGCCUUCUUGGCCCAUGUUCUCGGCGCCAUCCAGCCCUAUGCCCACCUCAUCCACGUCCAGCGACUCAUCCCCCAUCAGGUCUGUUGCAGGGUUUGUUGGUUUUCUGUUGCUGCCGUUGUUCUCAUUGGCUUGGUCCUCUCUUCAUGCAGUGUUCAGCCUCCUCGUCAAAUUUGUUCCCUGCCAUCCAAACCUGCACUUGCUUUUUGACAGGCCAGAAGAAACGGUUCGUGAAGACUCCAGCACACCGUUCCGGAAGGCAAAAGCCUUGUACGCCUGCAAAGCUGAACACGACUCAGAGCUCUCGUUUACCGCGGGCACAGUCUUCGAUAAUGUUCAUCCAUCUCAGGAGCCUGGCUGGCUGGAGGGGACUCUGAACGGAAAGACUGGCCUCAUCCCCGAGAACUACGUGGAGUUCCUCUAACCAUGGGCCCCAGCAGAGACACUGCGCUUUCCAUGGUAUCCAUGACAACUGCUGAGUCCAGUGGUGUAGGUCGUUUCUCUUGGCUGCUGAGAAAUGCAGGGUGGAUGGCUCUGCUGCUACCUGUCAUCACAAAUGUGUCUGUGAAUUUUGGUGUCGCCAUCGCCACGAUCAUCUCAGCUGACAUGUGGUGAUACUGCAAGCAACAAGGAAAUCAGCAGAGGAGGCCAUUUGAUUUUGAUAACCGAGAGGAAGGCUUGUAAAGCUGUUUGUCUCAUUCAGCACCCUCAGUGGGGCGCACUCAUUUUGUUUCAACAGUCAUCCAAACUCCCAGCCUUCUGACAGAGGAAGUAAGUAAGAUCUAAGUAGACCCCAAGAGCAUGCAGUGCAGCUGAGCCUACAGGGCUGGGCAACAGCUCUGAGAUACUGGCUUGGUCCAUUGCUUCUGUUUACAGCAGACACUCUAACCCACCUCUAAGUACUUGAGACCCACAGUGCUCCAGGCAGCUGGGUCUGUUUGCAUGCAGGGUGGAAAGGGGUUACGGCACUGUUUACGUAAGAUCCAAUCUCUCACCAUCUCUAAAGCAGCCGUUGGCCCAGCAUCAGCAGAAUUCAGUCCACUCCUCUCAUGCAAGGGAACAUGCACACCCCACGUGCCCCCUCCUCCCCUCCCCCCAGGCUAGGAACUUCUCUGCCACCGGGGGCUGCCAUCACCUCAUAACCACGGCAACCCAACCUACUGUAAAAUCAAACUAAAAAAUAACACCCUGUCUUUGCAUGACAUUUUUCUUUCCUCCCCCAUUUUGGGUAGUAUUUUGAAUGGCUUUCCAACAACCUGAAGCAGAUCAAGAAAUCACAGUGGGCUGGGGGCAGACAGAAGAGCAGCUGGGAACUGUUUCCUUUGUGAUUUAUUUCAGCAGCAUCAGGAUCUAUUUGGAGCAAACUCGAGUAACCUCGAGAUUUAAUUACAUACAGGCUUAAUAUUUCUGUUCUUCCGUGCAACUGGUGUUUGCUUUCUAGAGGGCAGUGGGCUGCCUACCAGUGAGUGACAUUCUCCCUUUUUCUGACUCCUUCCCUAAUGGCCUCCCAUUUACGCGUCCCUUACCCCGCCCUUGCCUCCCUCUAGCCCAUCACUGACCAGCCCCUGGAAGUGCCCCGGGCUCUGAGCACUGGUGCCCUGGCGAUUUCCAGGGCUGAUUCCUAGAUUAACCCGAUGGCCUAUGAUUUAAAAGGACAUACGUGUAUGUUCACUGCCACUCAGAGAAAGGGAAUUGUUUCUGAGACGUUUGAGGCAUGAGACUGAUAUCAUGAGCCACUGCAAUUCAGAAGGACACCAAAAGAUUGCGGCGUGGAAGGUGGGAUGGGUACCUAUUGAUAAAGAGGAUUUCGCAGUCCAGCAGGGGCUCGGUCUGGUGGAAUGCUGCCUUGGACCGGCCUGGACGUUUCAAAUUCUGGUCUCCAAAGACCAGCGUUCGCUGGAAUCCUCCACAUUUGAAUGUCCUCGCGAGAGUGACUCUGGGCAGAAAAACUCCACGCUGACAGACUGUUGAGCUCCCCAGGAGCCCCUCGGGAUGGCAGCCACACUGCUGCGGAGCGUUUCCUGCUUCUGGAAUUCCUCUUUGGGGAAGUUUAAAGAAGAAAAGAAAAACUUGAAUUGUGUUGAAUUACUGUAUCUUUUACAUUUUUUUUUGAAAAGAUAAACUUGUAAAUAGAGUGAUUUGAAAUACUAUAUGGCAAAGUUUUAUAUUUGAUAUUCUUAAAGCUACUUGCUCCACACACUGAAGCUUCCACUGCUGAACAAGUGUGAGUAAGAGGGAGAGGGCGGAGGUGCGGCCGGAGAGAGGGGAGGCCAUCCCUCCCUGGCCUUGAGGAAGGAGAUGCUUCUGCACUCUCUGCUGGUGCUUGUUGGUGUUCAGUCUUCUUUAUCCAGAUGUGUUUUUGAGCAUUUUCUUGGGCUUUGUGUUUGGAGAUGGAAAGAGCAUCUUCAGGCAAAGAAGUUUUCAAAGGACUCCUACUCAGUGGUGAGAUGAAGCUCAGGAUUUAAAUAGGUGGGGAAGGGCUUAGGCGUUUUGGUUUUGGUUUUGUUUUAUUUUGGUUUUUGUUUCUGGUUUUGUUUUGUUUUGAUUUUUUCAUUUUUCUUCUCAGGUAUAUUUCUUGGUACCACAAGAUAUCAGGACAGAAGGAGAUAGGCUAAUUGCGUGUUUCUUAUAUCUGGCUCUUCUGCACGUCUUCUAUGACUUGAUAAAGGAGGCCAAGCUCAUUUGCAAAUGUUGCGUGUGUCUGAGUUCUGAGAAAACCUUUUAGUUCUCAAAAUGCUGUUGCUCCUCCUUUCCCUAAACGUGUUUAUGCCCUUCCUGUUCUUCUCAGAGUCCCUAUAACCCCAAAUGAGAGAAAAACUCCAAAGAGGAAUGGGUCUUAUGCAGUGAGAGCUUUAUAGAUGGUUUUACCGUUAACAGGAGUGUGUCAUUGUGAUUCAGUUCGUCAGCUAAAGGAUUACGUAGCUAUUACCCAGCAACAGUCAAGACGCUACCACUGAAUCAGGAAACAAGAAUUAAGACUGCAUGAGACCAAGAUAGGACUCAGGAGAGCUAUCAUUGAAAAACCCAAGAAGAAAGGGAACAUAGGAACAGGCUACACCUGUGCCCCAUGGACUUUGAACAGCGUGGGGACCUGUGCGAAGGGGCCCAGGUGACAAGCACCCUCUAGAGCACUGUGCUUUCCAAAUAGGAAGUGUGCAACAUAAUGCGUUUUAACACAUUUGACAUUUUAAAUUGUCACCGGCCCCACUGGAACGUUAGCUCGAGCUGACACGGAGGAGCAGAAGGUACAGACCCGGCUUUGGGAGUUCCUCACUGAAGUUAGACCUGUCAACAUUUGGCCCCAGCUUGACCACUUGGAAGCAUGUCCCUGCCUCCCUCAGUUGGCCCUGAUUGGAAGCCAGAGGGAAAAGGAGCUACUGCCAAUGGGAAUUUUUAGGUCGACCCCUUCCCAGCUCCCCCGUGGCCAUGCUGAGCUGAUGGCAGAUGGCUGCCCUGCUCUCUCUCCCCAUCCAGGCUUACCUCCUCCCCAUUUGCUACAGAACUGGAGAAACCGUUCAGACUAUGAGCCAACAAAUAGGAAGGAAUUUGGAGACUAACAGUAGAUUGUACCCUCUCCACUAUGUAUGCCGCCAUCCCUUACGUUCUCUGCUUGAAUAGGGAACUUGGGAGCAGAUUCGGGGAGUGAUCCAGGUAUGAGAGUGGAAGACUAUUGACCGAGGUUCCUGAGCUGUCCCAGGAGCCGUGCCUCUUUGAUUAGGCCCUGGGACCUGCCUGGUAUUCAGAGCCUGAGUCUUUUUCGGGUGUUGAGAUCAGUCUCUCACUCUCCCUUCAUGUACUCAGAGAACUCUAUGGCUGCAGGAUGCAAUGUCAUAAGAAGACAACUAGUUUCAGAUCCUUGCCCCCCAGGCAAAGUAUAUUCCCGAUUUGCUCAAGGUUAGGGAUAGUCUCUUCUGUUUUCAAAAAUAAACAUAUAGGGCCCCCUGUGUAGUACCACCUCCCUCAGUAUCCUAUAAUCGGGGCCAGUUUUUAGCUUAGUAUUUUAGUAUUUCGACAGCCAGUAUAUGUUUUCUUCUGUCAAACCAAAACUCUUUUUCAACAUAAUUCCAGUUCAGCCCUCUUUGCUGAGUGUUUUUUGGACAGAGACAAAGAGAAAGGGAACAUGAGCAGUCGCGCAUUGACAGACUGGCAUUAGCAGGACAGAGCCACGCCAGUGACAAGGUCAUUCCAGGCAUUUGUCAGGACUCCACGGUUGUGUGUGCCAUAUCUAGCUCGAAAGCAAGUCCACCUACCCACCUGCAUUUUUAUCUCCUGGAAACAGCAGCCUCAGUCGCACCAAAAGUUCUGUCUUGAUUACAGUGACUCUCAAAGCAUCCAUGAUUGAGGGGUAGGGAGACAGAACUAAUCAGCUCACUGUACCUCGAUCACCGAUUUGUGACUGUCUCUUGGCACCUUUCAUCCUCGGGCUUCUGUUUCCAAAAGGAAGUCUGGAGCACCUAGACUUAAGGACCCAGGACUCCCAGGCACAGCACUGGCCAUCAUGGCACCCACAGUGUGCCCUAGCAUUCAGUGUUUUUGAGCAGCCAUCUUACCCACGUAGGGAGCCAGCACUGAAGAAACCAAACAGCCUCGUAGCCACCUGACUUUUAAAGGAGUGUCCUAGGUAUUCUAGCUCGGCAAAGGUUAUCUAUCAUCUCUGGCAGACUUGACAGUAAUCAAUUACCUAGUAGACAGCCCUGCCCCACACUUCUCCUAAGUCAACUGGGUGUCCUCUCACACACCCUGUGCUGGUGUUUAAAAAAUUUAUCUUGUGCUCAGAUGUGUUUGGCAGCCACCCUGAUCCGCCGGGUGCUGAACCACUUCUCUGUAAUUGUAGCAUGAAAAUAACAACAGUGGCAGAGCAGUGAACCUUGCACAAUUCCACAGCAUGCCCGAGACAAUGCUCCAACAAGUAAUCAUUAGCUCCGUUCUUUAUACCGCCUAGAGUACCUGUCUAACUAAAGAGCUCCCCAAAGCAGAGGGAGAGGCCAUAGAGAGAACCCAGACGUCAUUCAGAGCCAGCCCUUGCUGAAAUGUGGUCUGCUACUGGAAGCACAUGUAUUCUUGGGAGAAAUGGUAUUGCCAGGAGUUUAUAUAGUGAUGCUGGGAGCAGAGAGAAAGUAAAAAGCCAUCCGUACUGAAGAACUUUGAAUUUUUUUUUUAAAAGAGAUAAAUAUAGCUCUUAAUGGGGGGUGGAAUCUAUCACAAAAAAAGGUUCACCACUAAUAUUUUUACACAAGUUUUACAGGAUACGACGCCAUGGAAGCAUCUUUUAAGGUGGAAUGUUUUAGAGAGCCAAGGCUUGGCACCAUCCUAGACCCAUGCAAGGGUAGCAAUGAUUCAUGUGUCAAAAUUCUCUUCAGUAUAGUCGGUGAGAACCAGAGUAUUGAUCAUCAAAAUGUCAGAAUUACCUGGAGCAGUCCUGGAGAGGCCGAGCCAGUCCACAGCAACCAUUUCUGCAAAGUUGUCCGGACACCUAUGAACAGCUUUCUUGGGUAUCCAGAUGCCAGGGUCAACCUUGUACUUGUGACAAGAGGUUCAUCUGAUGAUGCUAUUAGUAUGUGUAUGUACAGUGCCCAUUUAUAUAUGUGAAGAUAUGGACUCAUAUAGAAACCCACAUAAGCUGGCAGUCGCUGAGCCUUCACAGCCUAUAAGAUUGGAAGGUUGGCAAUUUGACAAACGAGAGAGGCUGUUGAUUGACUAUCGAAAUGAUCAAAGAUGUAAAUUAAGUGCCAUUUUAAAACUUUGUUCAUAUUUAUCAAAUGGUUACUAUCUACAGCUAUAUUCCAUAUUAACUUAUUAAAAGUCAUGUUGAAAAAAAGAUCAAACUCAUAAAUGUUUAGUAGCUAAUAUAAAUGCUAGGCUAGUGUUAAAAGGCACUCUAAAAAGACAUUUUGUCCAUAUUUGAAGGGAAGAAAAUAUUUGCAUGUUUAAUUCAUAAUUUAGGCUUCCUUUGAGUAUAUUAUAAAGUGCUGUGUGAUAUAAUAUCAAUAAAGUACUUAAAAAUGGCACUUUAAUGUUUUUUUUUAAAAUUGUAAGGAAUGCACUGUUUUAAACUUCAGUAUUGAAUAUUGACUAGUAUGUAGAAUCCAAUUCCGUGAUUAAAAAGGAAUCUGUGACUAGACUAGAACUUUCUCCCUGUUAUUAGUGAAACACUUUUGCCAUAUUCAAGCUUUAAAAAAAAAAAAUGUGCUUUUGCAUCACUAAGCAUAUCUGUAAAGAAAAUACUGCUUCUGUUGCGCGGCCACAGAAACUUGGCUUUCUUACAUUUGGUUGGUUUAUGUGACAAUCCCUGUAAAAAUGAGUGGAAGUAUGAUUUUUUAAUUAAAUGACUUUUCCAUUUGG